GCGCGUUGAGGGCUGAGGCGUUUUCGAGCAUUUGGACGAUGCCGUGACGCAGCAUCGCGAGAGCGUUGACAGUGUGAGCGCACCCCUGUGGAGGGAGCCUUUCGGUCGCGGAGGUGGCGCGUCAAGGAGGCAGGUUGCUGUUUGAGGGUGCUCCCUCGGAGCCCUUCAGUGAGUGGGGGAGGGGCGUCGGACACCGAGCGGUCCCCGUCUGCGCUUGCGCGGGCGCCUCCGGUGACCCGGCCUACACGCACGCGCAUGCCCGCUGCGCUUGGAGCCGCGGUGGCUGGCGGCAUUGCGCGUGCGCGCUGAGGAGCUCGCUGAGGAGCGGCGCUGGCGGACGUCGGGCGAACGGCCCGUGACGUCGUGAGGAGCGCUUUAAAGUGCAGGCUGGGCCGGGCGUCUGAGGGUCUGGCUGGGAGUCGGGUCGGUCCUCCGCAGCGGCCCUCCGCGGCAUGAGGCGCUGCCGGCGCCCUUGCUCCGUGGGACGUGAAGAAGGUGGGGAAGGAAGCCCUGUUACCGCCACCGCUGCAUGACCCGCCGCCCCUGAGGCCCGACCCCGCGCCCGGUCCCUCGACGCCCCCCCCGCCGGGUCCCCCGGUCUCGCAUGGGGGCCUGGCGCUGAGGGAACCCCAUUUCUCCGGGGGCGCCGGGGCGCGUCCUCCGAGAGCCAUGCCCGGCCGCCCCUCCGGCCCCGGAGGACCCUAGAGCAGCGUCGUGGGGGCCAUGGCGGCCGCCAGCGGUUACACGGACCUGCGUGAGAAGCUCAAAUCCAUGACGUCCCGGGACAACUACAAGGCGGGCAGCCGAGAGGCAGCGGCCGCCGCCGCCGCCGCCGUAGCCGCCGCUGCCGCCGCCGCCGCCGCCGCCGAGCCUUACCCGGUGUCCGGGGCUAAGCGCAAGUACCAGGAGGACUCGGACCCCGAGCGCAGCGACUACGAGGAGCAGCAGCUGCAGAAGGAGGAGGAGGCGCGCAAGGUGAAGAGCGGCAUUCGCCAGAUGCGUCUGUUCAGCCAGGACGAGUGCGCCAAGAUCGAGGCCCGCAUCGACGAGGUGGUGUCCCGCGCCGAGAAGGGCCUGUACAACGAGCACACGGUGGACCGGGCCCCGCUGCGCAACAAGUACUUCUUCGGCGAGGGCUACACGUACGGCGCCCAGCUGCAGAAGCGCGGGCCUGGCCAGGAGCGCCUCUACCCGCCGGGCGAUGUGGACGAGAUCCCCGAGUGGGUGCACCAGCUGGUGAUCCAGAAGCUGGUGGAGCACCGCGUCAUCCCCGAGGGCUUCGUCAACAGCGCGGUCAUCAACGACUAUCAGCCCGGCGGCUGCAUCGUGUCUCACGUGGACCCCAUCCACAUCUUCGAGCGCCCCAUCGUGUCCGUGUCCUUCUUUAGCGACUCCGCGCUCUGCUUCGGCUGCAAGUUCCAGUUCAAGCCCAUCCGGGUGUCGGAACCUGUGCUUUCCCUGCCGGUGCGCAGGGGAAGCGUGACUGUGCUCAGUGGAUAUGCUGCUGAUGAAAUCACUCACUGCAUACGGCCUCAGGACAUCAAGGAGCGCAGAGCGGUCAUCAUCCUCAGGAAGACGAGAUUAGACGCACCCCGGUUGGAAACAAAGUCCCUGAGCAGCUCUGUGUUACCACCCAGCUAUGCUUCAGAUCGUCUGUCGGGAAACAACAGAGACCCUGCUCUGAAACCCAAGCGGUCCCAUCGCAAGGCAGACCCUGAUGCUGCCCACAGGCCUCGGAUCCUGGAAAUGGACAAGGAAGAGAACCGGCGCUCAGUGCUGCUGCCCACACACCGUCGGAGGAGUAGCUUCAGCUCCGAGAACUACUGGCGCAAGUCCUACGAGUCUGGGGAGGACUGCUCGGAGGCGGCAGGCAGCCCCGCCCGAAAGGUGAAGAUGCGGAGGCACUGAGGCUUGCCGCGCCUCCUGGGAACUCUGGUUAAUACUCACGGAGCUGCCCCCUCCUUCUGUUCAUGUCGGUGUUUUGUUUUGUUUUUCUUUGGUUUUUGUUUUUCGUUUUUUGUUUUUUUUGAUCCUUACGUUUUUUUCCUCGGGUUUGUUGCCUGUUAAGGCUGAAGAACAGAAUUGGCUGGGACCUGAUUCUCAUGUUUUUGGUUUUCCUACAAAAUGGAAAGGCUGUUGGCAUCUAUAGGGGACAGAAGCUCACGCUGGAGUGGCCAGUAGAGGUGGGGGGGUAGCUGUCCUCAAGUGGGGCCGUGUCAGACUGGGUUUAUUUAAGAGCAGCAAAGUGUUUUGGUUAAGAAAAUUCUUGUUUUGCUUUAAAUGUAAAUCUUCCUCCGUGUUGUAAAUGAAGUUCAGUCUUCUGCCCCUUCUCCCCAUCCCCCCCCCAUGUCUGUGUGCUGGGUUGAGAUCUCAUGUUCCUUGUUGGCUCUGCAGGAGGCCUGCUGUCCUCCCACAUCUCACCCAUUCUCCAGGCCCUGGAAGCUCACGCAGAUACCCUCUUCCUCCUCCAGCAGAGUUGUUCAGGAUGCCUGGGUGGAGGUUUAAACAGUCUUCUGCCACCCCAGAGCUUUUGGCUGAACCCCUGGGCUUCCUGCACGCCCAUUGGCCUGAUCUGCCCACAGGUCCCUGAGCUGCUGAGGGGCUGGCUACAGUGGUCCUGACCUUUCUUGCCAGGAGCACGCCACUUUGCUGGGUUGCUUCUUUCAAGCAUAUGCGUGUGAUUGUACGGAACAGUUAGACUUACCACGUUGGGGCAGUUUUAGGAAUUGUUUCUAGCUAGAGGGACUGGUGUCCUUCCAAGUCUAGCAUUUGGGGUAUGGAAAAUUGUUGUGGUGUGUGGUAGGGUUUUUGUUUUCUUUUGUUGUUGAGUUUUUAUUUUUUCCUUUGGUCUUCUGACUUCUUCCUAACCCUUUCCUUUCUCCUACGUUGGCCAGCGUGAGCCUUCUUUCCAUGUCAUCCCCAUAGGAAGGUGCCUGUCCGCCCCCUCUGUCUGCCUGUAGCAUGCAUCCAAGGCCAGAGCUCAGGGCUGCAGACUGGGUUGGUGCCUCCUCUCCUUCAGGGGCGUGGGAGCUGGGGAAGGGGCUUUGAAGAAGUAAUAAAAGGAAAAAAGAUAAAGUUUUUGGCAGUUCCCACCUACUCAGAUCCUUGAAGGUUGCAAGGUUUAGAUGAUCUAGAUUCAUUAGGAAUGUCUCCUUGCCAGCCAAGGCCGAGACCCAGGCCUGCUGAGAGCAGAGGCCUUCCCAGUCCCCAGGCUGCCACCACCCCAGGGGGCCUUGUCUUACAGAGGCCCAGGCCUGAGGCUGCAGAAAUCUAGGGCAGCCACCACCAUCAAGAAGAAGCCCCUCUCAGGGCCCAGAACUCCUUUGCCAGCGUGGAUUCAAGUCGGGACUGCAUAACUAAAGCAGUUGCAGUUUUAUUUUUUUUUACAGCUUUUUUCCCAAAAAUGAUUUGUAGUUGUGUGUGCAGCACUUUGCCCUGAUAUGUGUGCUCUACAAUAAAAACCAAAUCUAAUAUAUUUUGAAA